UAUGGCCCUCAGUGUGAACUGCAGAACUAACCCCAAGGAGCAGGCGUCAGUCCAAAACAGUUUCCCUGAUGUUCUGGAGCUAAACGUGGGCGGCCAGGUUUACUACACUCGGUACUCCACUCUGGUGGGUACUCCCAGUUCGCUGCUCGCCAAGUUGUUCGCCAGGAAGGACGCCUCUAACGACUUGGCCCGAGACCCCAAAGGUCGUUAUUUCAUAGACCGCGAUGGCUUUCUGUUCCGCUAUGUGCUGGACUACCUCCGAGACAAGCAAGUUGUUCUCCCGGAUCACUUCCCGGAGAAGGGGCGGCUCAAGAAGGAGGCAGAGUACUUCCAGCUCCCAGACUUAGUGAAGCUGCUCACCCCCGACGAGGUGAAGCACAGCCCGGAUGACUUCUUCCACAGCGACCAUGAAGAUAGUGACCCUCGCCUGUGCCCGCCACCGUCCUUGGUGCCCGCGGACCGGAAGAACGGCUUCAUCACUGUGGGCUACCGAGGCUCAUGCACAACGGGACGAGAGGCUCAGAGUGAUGCAAAGUUCCGCAGAGUCCCCCGGAUCCUCAUCUGCGGCCGUGUGGCCUUGGCUAAAGAGGUCUUCGGAGAGACCUUGAAUGAGAGCCGGGAUCCGAACCGUACCCCGGAUCGCUACACAUCCAGGUUCUACCUGAAGUUCAAACACCUGGAGAGAGCCUUCGACAUGCUGUCAGAGUGCAGCUUUCAAAUGGUGGCCUGCAACUCAUCAGUGACGGCCUCGUUUGUCAGCCAGCACACUGAGGACAAGAUCUGGUCCAGCUACACCGAAUACGUCUUCUACCGUGGUCUAUCACGUUGGUCGUCCCCUCCCUGCGACUGCUGCUGCAAGAACCACAAGGGCGAAGGCGACGGCGAGAGCGGCACCUCUUUCAACGAGCUCUCUACCUCCAGCUCGGAGAGCCAGUCCGAGGCCGGCUCGCCACAGGGGACGGUCAUCUGCGGCCCGGUCAGCCGCCAGCCGCACCCCCACGCUAACGUCCAAACCCUGGACAGGCCGUUGAAAAAGGGCCCGGUUGCCCGGCUGCAGCAGUCGGAACAGCGGCGGAAAAGCGAUCUGCUGCGCACGCUGACGUCGAGCUCGCGCGAUAGCAACACGUGCAAGAAGAGGUUACCCAAAGAGAAGCUGACGGUGGAGGAAGAGCUGCAAAAGUGCAUUCAGGACUUCCGCAAGAUCAAAAUCCCCGAGAGGUUUCCCGAGAGGAAGUACAUGUGGCAGGCGGACUUGUUGAGGAAAUAUCGCCUCUGAAACUCCCCCUUGAGGGCCAAGGAUCUGUUUACAAGUUUUGUUCCUCGAGACAACAAAGAUGGAGAUAAUUAAACUCACUCACUCACCUUUAUGCCAGUAGGUUGAACAGCUACACACAAGAGUUCUCUUAUUGACGUAGUGUAUGUAGUGUGUGUGUGUGUGUGUGUGUGUGUGUGUGUGUGUGUGUGUGUGUGUGUGUGUGUGUGUGUGUGUGUGUGUGUGUGUGUGUGUGUG